UUGGAUAAAAGAAAGGGAAAUGAAAAGAGUUGUAACUAGUAUGACUAUCAUUCAAGAGAAAGCUAGAGAAAUUUUUAAAGACUAAAGAAACAAACUCCACAUUCGUCACACAAGGAGAUAGAAUUCAAAGCUAUUACUGGAUGGUUUUCAAUGUUUAGACGGAGAACUGGCAUUAAAUAUGUGGUUAUUCACAAUGAGUCUGCUAGUGCGGAUAAAGAAGAAGCUGAGAAGUUCUAUCUCAAAUUUGAAGAAUUCAUUAAAAAAGAAGGAUAUUGUCCACAACAAAUUUUCAAUUGUGAUGAAACUGGUUUAUUUUGGAAGCGCAUGCCGAGCCAUACCUACAUUACAAAAGAAGAGAAAAAUAUUCCUGGGCAUAAACCCAUGAAAGACAAAUUGAUGUUACUUUUGGGAACUAAUGCUAGCGGUGAUAUGAAGCUUAUCCUGCUUCUUGUCUAUCACUAUGAGAACCCUAGAGCAUUCAAAAAAAAUUCCAUAAUUACAGAAAACCUGCCAGUGAUGUGGAGAUCAAAUGAAAGGGCAUGGGUCAUGCAGGCACUUUUCAAAGAAUGGCUGUUUGAAGUUUGUGCUCCAAGCAUCAAAGAUUACCUUCAGACCGAUGAAUUGCCAUUAAAAGCACUGUUGCUACUGGACAAUGUACCAGGACACCCAAAAGACCUUGAAGAUAAUUUGCUAGAAGACUUUCCCUGGCUGACAGUUCAGUUUCUACCUCCAAAUACCACUUCGUUGAUUCAACCAAUGGAUCAAGAGGCUAUUGCAGGUUUCAAGGAAUUGUACAUUUGAGCACUGUUUCUUCGGUGUUUUGAAGCAUUCCAGUUCUCCUCAACGAUGACAUUAAAAACGUUUUGGAAAGAAAAAGUUGAUAUUCUUGAAGCUAUAUAGCUCAUUCAAAAGGCAUGGUCAGAAGUCACUCAACGACAAUUGAAUUCUGCUUGGCGAAAGCUGUGUCCCUCCUGCAUUCAGGGAGAGAGAGAUGAUGUCCCUGAAAUAAUGGAUGAAAUUGUGACAACUGCUAGAG